AUGGAAAACUUGGUUACAGAUGGCGUUCGUUGGAAUGAGGAGCUAAGUACCUCAACUUACAGUAUACAAUUUGUGAUUGAGAAAUUGUAUCUGGGUUGUCCAGCGUUUAAAGAUAGUAUUCAAAAAAGCACAUUGGCUGAUGUAAGUGGUUAUGGAAGACUUACUUUAUAUUAUUGUAAACAUAAACUACAGUGGAACUCUGGCAUAACGAAGUUCUGUUCUUGCAUAACGAGCUUCUGUUUUAUUAGUUGGAAAAUGAAUUUUUUCGAGUUUUAAGGUCUCAUACAGAUGUAUCAGCGGUGGCAAUGGUUAUUUUUCACACGUGUACAAAGUAGAAUUUACAUUUGAAGAUGCAACAACCCUUUCUGUGGCCAUUAAAGUGCCAACUACUAAUCUGUUAGAGAACAUGGAAGGUAAAAUUUUAAAUAUAUUGUUUUUACUAAAGCAAAGACACUAUCAACACUUAUCUGUUGAUUUGCAAGGGAGCCCACUAGGCCACCCCCGCCCUCAGCUCCGAGGCCACUCAGCCCUGAAUCGAGCCGGGCUGAGGCUACUUUAAAGUAGACGGGAUGAAAAAAUUGGGCCCGGUCUGGUCCUUUUACAAGUCUACUUAUCAUUACCCUUCCCUAGUUUUAUUUCACACUAUUCAACCCAAAUUUAGACUUCAGUGAAGCCCACAACUGUGAGUGUAAAUUCUUCUCGCUAGUCCAGAACCAUGCUGAUAUUCCAGUACCACAAGCUUUUUAUAUCGAAGAGUCAUCCGAAAAGCACCCCGGAUGUAUUAUAAUGCAAGAUCUGUCAGACAAUUGUAAAGGCAUAUCUGUCCGGAAUUAUGUUACUGCGGAACUUUGCUUUGAUUUGGCUAGAGUUUUGGCUAGAUUACAAGCUGGUCUAGCCGCCAUUGGCUCUUCUAAAUGGAAAGGUGUUUUUAAAAAUGACGACUUUGUUAGGACGUUUUAUGAAAAAUGUUAUCAAAGCUACAUUCCCGAGAAGGCAAUACAAUGUGGAUUGAGUAGGUUUUGGUAUCAUACUAUAGUUGUUUAUAUAAAAGCAGUUUAAUUUUUUUUUUUUUUUUAAAUUUUUCAGAGAUUGUUUAAUUUUUGUUUAAAUUUUUUUGGUUUUAAAAUUCGAAUUUACAAAUUUUAACGCUUUCACAUUUUAGAAGCUGACUUGAUUGAAAAGUGUCAAAUCUUGGCAAAUACUGACUUUUCCAAAUUUGCUACCAAAGGAAUUGCUGAAAAGUACGGUAAGUAUAUUUACGUGACAAGAGGGCAAGAAUAAACGUGAAAGGGCGCUCACCCAGGUUCAGUCCGGCGCAGGAUUUAUCUAGAGCUGGCUAAGGACAAAAGAAAUUAGUAAUGAGCCGAGUAGGGUCAACACAUGUGUGAAUGAGGGCCAAGGCGCAAACUAAGGCUUGCACGUAAAUUGGGCCGGGAAAAGUAGGGUCCGGUCUCUAUACAGGCAUAGUCAGAAGGGUGAUAGCACAGAAGAAAUGUGUUUAUAAGGGGUUUUUUCCAAAGGGCAACUAUUCCCUUUCUUAGUCCAAAACUGCUCGCGUGCGCCCACCCCCAUUAAUAUAACCCUGAUUUUUUAAAAAAUUAAAAUUUUUUUGAAAAAUUUAGUUUCAGAUAUUAUUUCUAUGUGUCACGGUGACUGUCAUUCUAACAACAUGUUGUUUUAUAAAAACCCAGACAAUUCGGUUACAAACUCGGUGGCCGUACUCAUUGAUUGGCAAACAGCUUACGAUGGUAAGCAUUUAUGCAUUGAAACAAUAUUUCCAUUUUCAAAAUAUUUUUAAAUUUUUAUGUUAAAUUAAAUAAUGAAUGCGCAGGCAACCCACUAUGCGAUCUGGGCCGUUUUAUGGCGUCUGCUCCAGAAGGUAAUACUCGGCGGAGUAUUGAAAUGGACGUGCUGGACACCUACUACAACACAUUAUGUGAAGAAUAUAGAAAACGGAGUUUAGAAGUGCCAUUUACCAGAGAUGUUGUGAGUUGCUUUUACCUUUUUUGUAAAAAUAAAAAAAUUAAUUUUUUUUAAACUAAAAUAAAAAUUUAAAAAUUUUUUUUUAAUUUUAAUUUUUUCAAAAUCUCGAUUUAAAAAUAAAUUUACAGUGUCAAACCCUAUACGACUACGCCUUCCUCCAACAAGUGCCCAGCUGCAUCGUUAUGCCACAACUUUUAUUCAACCUUGAAGACUCAAAGGUACCAAAAAAAAGUUCAAUUAGCAACACGAGACCGUCUGGUAACAAGGUACAAUCAUGUAAUGGAAGAUGCUGUUCCUUUGAUUCAAAAAUAUAAGAUUGCCGAAAAAUAUUCGUGGCCAUAAAUGUGCUGGUGUAUCGGUAAUGUUAUGAAUUUGAAUUUUAUGUGAUAAUAAAUAUUUAAUCUGUAAAAUUUUUUGAAAGGAUGCAGCACGAUUGGGCACAUAAAUAUUAAAUAUAAUAGUUAAGUAGAGGGCUAGAGCUAGAAUUAAGACUGGGGCUAAAGAGAUCGGGUUAGAUAAGUGUGAGAAACAGGACAAGUCCACCAUUGAAACCCGGCCUAGGCCCCGGGGCCAACGUUUAGGCUCGGUACUUUUUUAUUUUUUUAGGCCGUUCCGGCCCAACCGAAAAAAAAAAUUUUUUAAUUUGUUGGUCUUUGGCUUAAUUUUCAAUCCCGGCCCGCAGACAAGACCCAACUUUCAGCCCCUGUCCAUUUUAACUUUAGCUCAAAUCCAGCUUCGCACGAUCGAAGGGAAAACUAGAUAUGGCCUACACGGGCCGUUUCUCAUCCCUAGGGUUAGGAAUAGAUCUGAAGCUAGAGUCUAGGACUAAAGCUAGGGCUGAGGCUAGGGCCGAGGCUAGGACUAAAGUUAGGGCUUACGUUAAGGCUGAAGCUAGGGUGACGCUAGCGGUGAAGCUAGGGCUGAAUCUAGAGCUGAAGCUAGGGCUGAGGCUAGGGCUGAAGCUAGGGCUGAAUCUAUGGCUGAAGCUAGGGCUGAGGCUAGGGUUGCCGCUAUGAUCAAAGCUAGAGUUAUGAAUCUGGCUAUGGCUAAUAUGAUAAAUAUUUCUUUUCGUGAACAAUAUAUAUGUGUCAAUUCAUAAAUCACUCGAUUUAGAUCCUCGGUUUGGUUUAUAACUUCCUGUCGGUAUAUUCAAGUGGAUAAUUGAAUCUGCGUCGAUCUUAUGCGCCAAUUAUUAUUCGGUUUUUCCUCCAUUUUGUUAUAGAUGCGCAGUUCUAGACGUUUCGUUUUCUUGCUUCCGCUAGAAUUGCGUGCGUUUACUGUUACGAUGCCAGCCGUGAUUCAAAGUUAACUGUCUGAAGCUAUUGAGCUCUGUAACUGGCGUAAUAUUGUGCUUUCUCAGCAGCUUCUAGGCUCUGGGAUCAGCUACCAAGAGUUGGAUUUCUUGACAAAUCUACCCAGAGAAAGCUGUGAAUCUCUUAUUCUACAAAAACAUGGCCAAGUAUUGUCAUUGCCAAACGUACAACAAUAUUUAUCUGAAGCUAUGUCUUUCAUGCCUACUAGUACUUACCAAGUUAUCAUACGCUAAUGCUAGUCCUAUAGUAGACAUAACAAGAAAAAUGUCAGCUAAAGAUCGAUUUUUCAAUAGUCAGUUACCAUUACAGCCACAGCGUAACAGUACUGCACCUCAAAUCGCCAAUUCUGAUAGUAGUGUGGAUAAUGAAACUUCAGAACAGACGAAUUAUAAAGCCUUGUUCAAAGUUUCUUCUGGAACUGAUACACAGAGAGGGAGUAAAAGUAAGUUUAAAAUUAGUUUUAUUUUAAAAUUCUUAAGUUUUGUUGAGUUAGAGUAGGGAGUAAGGCAAGAAGUGUGGUUGAGAGCAGUUAAAAACUAGACUAAGGGUUUGUCUAGUGAUUUAGCUAAGGCCCAAGUUAAUGAGAACUUUGUUAUUAAGCUUUGUCUGGAGCUGAAGCUAGGGCUGGGGCUAGUACUGGGGCUAUGGCUAGGCCCUAGGCUAAAGCUGAAGCUGAAGUUAAGGUUAAAGCUAAGGCUAAGGUUAAGGCUAAAGCUAAGGCUUAAAAAAAUUCUUUAAAUUAACAUUGUUUUAGAACGCCGAAUCACACGCCUAAAUCAAUCUACCGAAGAAGUGAUCAACGAUUUUGAUACCAGUCAAGAACAAUCUGACCCUCAUUUUCUGCUCAAAAAAAUGUUCGAAACGCCUCAACUCCACCCUAACAAACAUGUCAAAACAACCAGGCCUUUACGCAAAAUUACCAUCCAAACAACCACACCCUUCACUAUCACAACUUCUGAAAUCUCAAUGCGCCGCACCACUGUUACCGUGCCGGAGGAACGUUCUAGGGUGAGUUAUAACGUUUUAGUCAAACUGUGAAUACAGAAUCUAUUUGUAGGUAAUAUUAUUGCACGGCAAGAUUCCACUGAAAAUCAACUGUCAAAUGCUGGAAGGACUAAUGGAGCAGCAGUUGGUAGAUUCGGAAAUGCUAACAGUAGAGAACGGCAUACUAGACUCGGAGGUUGGGGUAGUGAAGAACGACAGGGUAGGCUCCGAGGUAAGGAUAGUGAAGAACGACAUGCUGGAUUCGGACGUCGAAACAGCGCUGAAGCUAAUCGACGACAUGAAAAUGAAGAUAUUGCCUCAAGAGGAGUUGAAGAUAGCUCCAGCAGAAAUCAUGACAGUGGCCUCAAGAUUCUCAAAAUCGACCACAACGCCGGAAAUGACAAAGUUAGUCAAAUCGACCAGCUUUUCGGUCCCAAGAGCAACAAAAAGGUCGAUAACAGAAGAGGAGGCAAUGGCAAACAAGAUCAUGAGUUCAACGCCCAGAGUCACGACAGUAAAGGGGUUAAAGUUGAGCACCGUACCGACAGUAGCAAGAAAAUCGACCACAGACUCAACAGUCAAAACAAAAUCGACGACAGCGCCAUCAACAACAAAAAAAUCGUCCACGGACCCAAUGGUCAAAAUAAAAUCGACCACGGACCCAAUAGUCAAAACAAAAUCGACCAUAUUACCCCAAGCAACGCAAACAACGACCAGAUCGACCACAACUUUCACAGACAAAAAAAAAUCAACCCCCAAACACCAAACCAAAUGGAAGUCAAGCACUGGCUUGAGUACGACCACACAAUCGACCAAAGACUCAAUUACAACCAUAAAACCGACCAUAUCCCCAACCAGCUCCCUCCUUCAUCUCUUCACCAAGACACCCAAGAUAGUUCUACCAGUGAACUUGAUAGAGCAAGAGCGGAGUUUACUCUCCCAUCUACUACAAAACUCUAUCAAAUUUUUGAACACACAACGACAAGACAUUCCACUGCCGGACAACAUAUUGACUCAGCGAGAAAAGAGGCUGAAGGUUACCGAAGAUCAGGAUCUGAUUCAAAAAGAUAUGCUAAUGAAGUUGCUUUCAAGGUUUCAAAUUCCAAAAGGCUUGCAAGUACAAAGUCCAGAGGAGAUAAUGAUGAAUCAAGAGGUGAAUAUGAAGAAUCAAGAGGAGAUUAUGAAGGACAGUCACAUAGCUCACGAGGUAACACAAACAGCUCAAGAAUUAUCGAUAGAAACUAUGAAGAAUUCCCAAGACCAGAAGGGUUCGUUACAGCAACAGAUGAAUCCGAAUCAUUUUCAGACCCAACAAGGCCAGUUGGAGCUACAGAAAGACCAUUUGGAGUCACAGAAAGGCCAUUUGGGGCUUCAAAAAGGCCAUUUGGAGCCCCAGAACGGCCUUUUGGAGCCACAGAAAGGCCAUUUGGGGCUUCAAAAAGGCCAUUUGGAGCCCCAGAACGGUCUUUUGGAGCCACAGAAAGACCAUCAAGAACAACAACAAGCCAAGACUCAACAACUACAAGCCAAUAUACAUCAAAAAGACCAAGAACAAAUAGCCAAUAUACUUCAAAAAGACCAAGAACAAACGUUAAAGCUGAAACAGAUGAAAACCUUGAUGAAACAACUCCGGAGCCAGUGUCCGAGCCGUACGCUGAUGAAUUAA